UUAUAGACGGGGUAGACACAAUAUUAGAAACACACAACAUAUAUACACAAAGACAUUAUCAAAUUAAGAGACAAGCAAAUACAGAUGUUUCCUUGGGUGCAUGUUACAAUCAAACAACUAACAUUCUUGCAUGCUUUGUAACAUUGAAGGAAAAUGCUGGGCAGGUUCACUAGACCACAAUUUUCAAGCGUGAUGGCAUGAGGACCAUGGUGGCAGAAGUAUUCAGAUUGGGUUAUGUAUGCGACUGCAGUAGCCGGCUGACCAGAGAUGAGUAUUUACGGUGUCAGAAGGUGUGUGUGCCUUCACCUGCACAACUUCUCCAGCCUGUAAUUAGGACACGAUGAGAGGGGCAGCUGGCCAGGACGGGAUAGAGCGACAUCAAACAACCCACAGCUGGAGGAGAAGAGAGGGCGAGUGUGAGGCAAGUGCGAGGAGAGGAGAGAAGAGCAGAGGAGAGCAGAGGAGAGGAGAGCAGAGGAGAGGAGAAAAUGAAAAGAAGAUGGGGAGUAGAGAGGAAAUUGAGAAGCGAGAAAAAUGGGGGAUGUAAGGGUGUUGAGAUACAUUUCUGUUGACUGUAUUAUUCAUUCGUAAGUGUCUUUUACCAUUUUGUCUUCCUUUCGUCUUCGUCUUCUUGUGGUCAGUGUGGGACCGACACACAUACACAUUGAAUUACCGACAACACAGAGAGACACUGACUAAAACUCAUUUUAAAUAGUCACAUAUGGGGGAUUCUCAGGAAAGCAAUAGAGCAAUCUCAACAAUCCAAAAUCUAUCAAACCUCCAUGAGCUCACAAUUUUACUGCGCUUUAAAACAUAUUUUCAAUGUACUGUAACAUACUGUGGGUGUUACCCCCCUCUGGGUCCUUUUAUGAGAUAAAACUCAAGAGAAAUGUUUUUGUCUUUGUUAAAAAAAUGAAAUGGAAAUGGUUGUAAUGCUUUUUAGGACAAGUUCUGUUACAGUCGAUGGGUUUAACAGACAGCACAGGCCUUCCAUGGCCACGGCCAGCCUGUGUUUGUGUGAGUUGGCCAGUCAGGUUUCACAUAUACAAGCCUCAGCCGUGAAUCAUAGCAGUUGUGCAUAACAAAUGGCGUUACCCAAAUCCCAAUAUAAUUGCACCAGAAACUGCAAAAAAUGCAACGUACCGGAUAAUUUUAGUAUCAACCCGUCUGUACAUGCUCAUGGUUUGUCUGUGCACUGAAUGCAUGCGUGGCUGUGUGCUUGUUUAUCACUGUCCGAGCAAAGCUGUGUGUAAGGGAGCUGCUGUGCCACUUCCAGCAGCUCUCAUGGACUCACACUAUGUGUGUAUAAUCAGACAUGGCAGCUAUUAAGCUGUCACAGUAGAAAACAGACGUUGCAGUCCUAACAGUGCCUGUCUUGGACAGAAUUCCCGGUAUUCCCUCGCAGACUUUUGGGGGCUCCCAGAAUGCCUUUGUCAUAGCUCAAUGACUAUCGGCUAUUCACUGUGGGGGACCGGCGUCUUAGAUCUGGCUGUGUGCCAGAGAGACGGAGAAAGAGUAAAUAAAAGCAUGCGCGGUAUGUCAGUGUGAUUAAAUGUUUAUGUUAAGUAUAGAGUUAAUAGUAGGUUUAUGCCUUGUGUUGCAGGGUAUCAGUGUCCUUCUGUGUCUCAGGUCAAAGGGAAAAGUGCCAAACACUCACCCAGACGGACAGACAAACGCAGACAGGGGCAUUAAGACAGAGGAAACGAUACACUGGCGUCAUCUCUCUCCCUUCUGCCUCCAGCAUCCUCAUGAGGCUUCACAGAGCUUUGCAGAAUCACAGUCUGCUUGUCUCUCUCAUUCAUGCUGCUUUCACGGUGACUCGAUUGAUUUACAGUGUAUUAUGAACAUUGCAUCAUAAUGGUUUAUCCACACAUAUGUGACUCGUAUAUCCUUCUAGGAUUGGGCACAAGGCAUAGCCCAGGGGCCCGGGGGGGUGUCAGGCAGCAAAGAUUCAAAAUAUGUAUAAAAAGAUAGAAAAUGACCAAAAAGACACAAGAAAAGGCUACUUAGAGCUUGAAAACAACCACAAAGAGACAGAAAGUGACUACAAAGAGACACAAAACAACCACGAAGAGAAACAAAAUGACCACAAAGCCACAAGGAAAGGCUACGAGGAACUUCAAAACAACCACUAAGGGACACAAAUGUCCACAAAUGUCCACAAAAUACUAUAAUGAACACCACAUGACAACUCAUAUCAACAAAAACACCCCCAGAGCCAAAUAAAACAACCACAGAGACACAAGGACUUCAAAACAACCAUUAAGAGACACAAAGAUAGAACAAGUAGCUAAAACAAACGACCACAAAGAGACACAAAACAACCACAGAGAUGCAAAGUGACCACGAAAAGUUUCAAAAUGACAAACUGUCUGUGUCUCUAAGAGUUGUUUUUCAAGUGGGUGGCAUUUGCUUGCCUGUGCCCAGGGCCCACUGCCUUUGUAAUCUGUCCGUGCGCAUACAAAAGCACACACUAUCACAAUAAAAACAGAGGUUGACAGAGAAGUUGGGGAAUUCUCAGCCUUGGCAAUUUCACACCCAUGUUGUGAGCAGCUGUGGUGUCAGUCAGCUGGUAAUCUAAGGGAAUAAGCUCUCUGAGAUCUGAUACGUUGUUUCUGCCACUCUGAGCAGAAACAACGCGCGCUACGCAGGUAAGAACACAACAUCUCUGCUCCAGUCCCAUCGAAGUUACCGCUCUCAUCUGUCCUCAACCCCAACAUGAAACAGUGGAAAGUUAAAAAAAAAAAAAAAGCCAGGCAAGCUCUACUAUAGUGUGUCUAGAGGGCUAAACAGCCCUCUGCCCAGAAAUGAAGCAUUCAGCCAGGGGAAUAUAUUGCACCCAUGUGUGUUUGAUCUUCUCCAAAUCAUUUAUGUCCAUGCAGAUAUUACCAUAACCUCUCCAGAUGAAGAUGUUGGGAGAGUGUGACGGUGGGGGUUUUGAACCCUGGCCAAGAGAUUUACAGUAAUUUCUGAAUCGAUCUGAUUGUUCCCCGACAUGGUAUGGUGAUUAACUGAGUCACAAUGGCACUGGCAUCCCUUGGGUGUGAAUCACUGAUGAGGGGAUGCUGAUUCACUGCAGAACACCAUGGCAUUUUUAAAAAUGUUUUCAGCACAGAGAACGAAAAAGAGAGAGAAAUGUGAUAAGCCAUGAGUAGAUUUAACAUAUUUUUUCGAUUAUCCUCAAUCCACUGUGGUAUUUUUAAUUUAGAUUUUUCAUCCUUCAUUCUUUCCAUCAUUGGUGAAAUGAGGAAAAAAAAUGGAAUAACUCAGAACAAGAAAGAAAAGUGAAGUGAAAACAAGAAGUGGGUGGAGAAGCCAGAGCAAGAUCAAGAGUGAUGUGUGUCCAAAAGCCUUACAAUCUUGCAUGACGAUUCACGGGGAGAGAUGUUGUUUUUGGAAAUGCUUUGGGAUAUGCUGCAGCGAGCCUGUCCUUGUGCCACAAGCACACAUCAUGAACUGUCACAACAUUCGCACCGAGGUGCGGAAUGGGUGUGAUCUCGGUUUGAAGCAACUUUCUUAAGAAAAAUGUGCCACAAGACUUUCCCUCAGCAUUUCUCCUCGCAUCCCUCCCAAACUUUGCCUCCUCUCCCUCCCACCCCUCAAGCCAACCCCACCUCACAAACACAACACUCCCCCGUUAAACAUGUGUGUGUAUGUGUGUGUGCGAGUGUCCUCCUCUCUCAGUUUCUCCAUGGCUGGAUUGUGGCAGCAGCUCGGCUCCCUGCGGCAGGGUCGAGCUCUGGCUCUCCUCCACUUGGUGUGUCUUCUCUACCUGCCCUCAGGUGCUCUUCCGUGGGAUAACAAAGCCGGCUCGCCCCCUCUGGAGGGGUUUCAGGUGGUGAGGGGGAAUUUCUCUCGCAUGUUCCUCCGUGUUGGCUACCAUAAGAUUGCAGAGAUUCCAGCAGGGGCGCGUAACAUCACCGUACGGGAGACAGUAAAGAGCCGGAGCUACCUGGCUCUGCAGACCAAAAGCGGUGUCUCAAUCAUCAACGGCAACUGGGUCAUUGACCGGCCGGGGAUCUUCAGCGCCGUGGGAACACAGCUGACGUACCUGCGUCCCAACGAGAUCCGCUCUCGUAGUGGAGAGUCCAUCACUGCGCCGGGGCCCCUGACUGAGGACCUGCACGUAUAUUUGAUCUACCAGCAACCAGGUCCCAGUGUACACUAUGAAUACAGCAUGCCUUUACAAAACACACACCCCACCCCUGAGCCUGACACACCUUCUGAUAUUCUACCGCUGGUGAGGACCGCUGACCCAUCCAAGACAGUUGAGGAGGUCCACCAAGGUGACGUCGCCAACAAUGUCAUAACUGAAAAGAAACCCCACCCCAACAAAGUUCAAUCUGACCCCAGCGUGACCGCUGACCCUUGGCCAUCCUACACGUGGACAAAGAGUGGGCGUACAGAGUGCAGCACAACCUGUGGCACUGGCAGGCGUCUGGUCCUCUGGGAGUGUGUCGAAAAAGAGUCCCAGACGACUGUUCCUGCUGACUUCUGUGACCCUGCCGUCAAACCAACAAACCAGGAAGAGGACUGCAACAUCCAGCCUUGUCCUGCAUACUGGGACGUGGGGGAGUGGUCAGAGUGCAGCAGGAGGUGUGGACCCGGCACUCAGCAUCGUCAGGUCAUCUGCCGCCAGGUCACUCACGUUCAUGCCACUGGGACGGAGACAGCUGUUACCGUGGCACCAGAGCUGUGCGGGCUGCCUGAUAGGCCGGAGACCAAGUCUUCAUGUCAGCUGAAGAUUUGCAGCCAGUGGGAGAUACGAUCAGAGUGGAGCCCGUGUUCAGUGCCUUGUGGGGUGGGCCAGCGCAGCAGGGAGGUGGUGUGUGUGAACAACCUGGGCGAUGUGGAGGAGGAUGAGGAGUGUAACAUGAACCUAAGGCCAGAAACACUACAGAACUGUGAUCUGGGAGCCUGUGCACGCAGCUGGUUCACCUCUCUCUGGAGCCAACAGUGCUCUGCAGAGUGUGGUAGGGGCAAUCGAACCCGGAGCACAGUGUGCCUGAUGGAUCAUGUGACUGAUCUCCCAUUGGCAAGCUGUGAAGGGGAACGCCCACCAGAGGUGACGCUGUGUGACUCCGGCCCCUGCCAGAACCGCCUGGAGUGGUACGCCGGACCCUGGGGUCAGUGUUCUGCAGAAUGUGGGAAUGGCACGCAGACCCGUAGUGUGGCUUGUAUUUUCAACAACAAUGGCCACAUGGAGGUUGUGGACAACUCAAAAUGUUCCAGUCUCUCUCAGCCAAUCACAGCUCAGGUCUGCAGACUGAAGCCAUGUGGUGUCCAGUGGUACGUCACAGAGUGGAGCGUGUGUUCACGCUCCUGCAGUGGUGGCUACCGUGUGCGUGAGGUGCGUUGUCUUGCAGACAACAUUGCCCCAAGCAACCGCUGUGACCCCAGUUUGACCCCGGAGAACCGCGAAGAAUGCAACAAACAGCCUUGUUUGGCCGAGAUAAAUCCAUCAUGCAGCGAUCAGUAUCAUAACUGUAUGGUGGUGGUUCAAGCCCGACUCUGCAUUUACCCUUACUACAGAAGUGUGUGCUGCGCCUCCUGCUCCCGUGCCCAGAAAACAUACCCCAACUCCCUCGAAAAGAACUACAUUCACAGGUGAUGCUGCCACCUCAGGUCUCCAAUCAGUCGGGAGGACAAAAAACAAAAAAACAAAAAAAAAAAACCAGCACUGUGAACAUGAUGCUUAUCUCCGUUUGGAGCGCCUCAGUAUGUGGGAAUAUAGGGCAUGGUUUAAUAUUCUGUCCCUCCUGACUGACUGAGUAAUCAGCUGCUUUCUUAUAUUUUGUGAAAACUGCCACACACACACACACACACACACACACACACACCACAGCCGGCAUUGUUGCUAAAGAGAGCGCUUGUUUCAUCUUACUCCAAACUGGAUGAAGAAUAACCUGAAACCUUUUUAAUCUCAUGCCAAGACACUCACAAACAGUACAAUACUUCACUAUGUAUAGGUCUAGAGUUUUGAUUCUUAAUGUAACUUUAAACUGGACUGGUCACAUUUGGUGAUGUACUUGUAUAUUUAUUCUUAAUAAAUGAUGUAUAACU